AUGAAGGCCUCCUUUUUGCUUUCUGUCGGUCUGGCUGCGAAGGCUUGCCUAGGCCUUGUUUCCGCCCCAAAAUAUGUUCGUCAGGAAAAUACCACAGGUUCUUCUCUUCAAGACAUUGUGGCAUGGGAUGAGUACUCCAUUCGGGUUCACGGAGAGCGCGUUCUUCUCUUAUCGGGAGAGUUCCACCCCUUCCGUCUCCCAUCCCCAGGACUCUGGCUUGAUGUCUUCCAGAAAGUCCGCGCGCUUGGUUUCUCAGCUGUGUCCUUCUACGUCGAUUGGGCUCUGCUGGAGGGUGAGCGAGGGUCUAUCCGGGCGGAUGGAGUUUUCGCGCUCGAAGAAUUCUUUCAGGCUGCUACAGAAGCCGGUUUGUAUCUAACUGCUCGUCCUGGUCCUUAUAUCAACGCCGAGGUUUCCGGGGGCGGAUUUCCUGGCUGGUUGGAAAGGGUGCAAGGCCGUCUCAAGACUACAGAUCAAGGCUACUUGGAUGCCAUCACUCCCUAUAUGCAGGCGAUAGGACGCAUAAUCGCGAAGGCGCAGAUCACAAAUGGUGGCCCGGUGAUCCUAUUUCAACCCGAAAACGAGUAUACGGCUUGCGUGCAGGACGUAGGCUACACGCAAAUCAACAACUACUCUAUGCCCGACUAUAACAGUUCCUGUCUUCAGAAGGAAUACAUGGCUUACGUGGAAGAUCAGUAUCGAAAGGCUGGAGUAGUCGUGCCGUUCAUCGUCAAUGAUGCCGAACCUAUGGGAAACUUCGCUCCUGGCACGGGAGUCGGGGCUGUGGAUAUUUACAGCUUUGAUGAUUAUCCCAUGCAUUGGAGCACAGCACCAUCCAAUCCGUCAAACUGGUCAUCUGUGGUAAACCCACUGCUCUCCUACAACGAAACAGUUCAUGAGGAGCAGAGCCCGACCACUCCGUUUUCCAUCUCAGAGUUCCAAGGCGGAGUGCCUGAUGGUUGGUAUGAUAACCUUGGGGUGGGUGGUGUUGGUGUUGAUACCUCAGCUGCAUACAUUGGCCCUGAAUUCGCACGCGUCUUCUACAAGAUAAAUUACGGAUUUCGCACUGCCAUCCAGAACCUCUACAUGAUCUUCGGGGGAACAAAUUGGGGCAACUUAGGCCAUCCUGGUGGUUACACCUCGUACGAUGUGGGUGCUGCUAUCGCCGAAGAUCGCGAAGUCGUCCGCGAGAAGUACAGUGAAUUGAAGCUACAAUCCAACUUUUUACAGGCAUCUCCUGCUUAUCUCGAGACACACUCAGAAAACGGGAGCUAUGGAAUCUACACGGACACCACCUCCCUCGCAGUAACCCGGUUAGCCGGAGAUCCUACCAAUUUCUACGUGGUACGCCAUGGAGAGUUAACCUCACAAGAUUCGACUUCAUAUAAGCUGCACGUGGACACUACCGCAGGAAGGUUGACAAUUCCUCAGCUGGGUGGAACGCUAAGUCUGCAUGGCCGAGAUUCCAAGAUCCAUUUGGUCGACUACAACGUCGGCAACGUAAGUCUGAUUUACUCCUCGGCUGAGCUAUUCACCUGGAAGCAGACCGGCUCCAAGUCAGUGGUUGUUCUCUACGGAGGUGAAGAUGAGCUUCAUGAAUUUGCCGUCCCUGCAUAUAUAGGCAAACCAACCUCUAUUGAAGGCGAUGGUUUGCAAAACCAGCAGAUCAACUCAACCACCGUGAUACAAUGGGCAGUCCAAGCAUCCCGACGAGUUGUACAUUUCGGCAACACCCUCGAGGUGCAUCUCCUCUGGCGCAACGAGGCAUACAACUACUGGGUCCUCGACCUACCCGUCCCAGGGACCAUAGGCCGACACGUAUCUCAAUCUCACGCCAACCGAUCAGUCAUCGUUAAGGCCGGAUAUCUGCUACGGACCGCCGAACUCGCUGAGACGUCCCUCUAUCUGACAGGAGACAUCAACACCACCACUACCCUCGAGCUCAUUUCCGCCCCUCAGCCAGUAACUAGCAUUUUCUUCAACAAUCAAAGCGUCCAAACCAGCGUCACAUCUGGCCGUCUCACGGGCACCCUCACCUACCAAAAGCCCAACAUCAGCCUACCAGACCUCACAACCCUCGACUGGCACUACCUCAACACCCUCCCAGAGGUACACAAUCCGACAUACAACGACGACCUUUGGACCCCAUGCACGCACACCACAACUGCAAACCCACGCAACCUUACAACCCCAACAUCCCUCUACGCCAGCGACUACGGCAACAAUGGCGGCUCCCUUCUCUACCGAGGAACCUUCACGGCUACCGGCAAUGAGACCUCCCUCUACCUCCUCACCGAAGGUGGCUACGCCUACGGCCAGUCCAUCUGGCUCAACAACACAUUCCUCACCUCCUGGCUAGGAGACCCGUUGUAUAUGUUCUCCAACCAAACAGUCACAUUCCCAUCCCCCCUCACCCAGGGAACAACCUACACUUUAACGAUCCUAAUCGACCAUCUCGGCAACGACGAGAACUUCCCGGCGAACGGCGAAUUCAUGAAAGAUCCACGUGGAAUCCUCGAUUACACCCUCCACGGCCACGACGACAAAUCAGAUAUAUCAUGGAAAGUAACGGGUAACUUUGGUGGCGAGCAUUAUGCUGAUCUGACUCGCGGUCCUCUCAAUGAGGGUGCGUUCUUCGCUGAGCGAAAGGGGUAUCAUCUCCCCGGUGCGCCAGUGGAGAAGUGGACGAAGAGGUCACCACUUGAUGGACUGCCGGAGGAUGAGGCGCCCGGGGUGGGGUUCUUCGCGACGACGUUCGACCUGAAUAUUCCUGAUGGGUAUGAUGUGCCUAUCAGUGUUGUGUUUGAGAAUAGCACUACGGUUGGUGAUGGAUCGGAGCCUGCGAGGUUUCGGUCGGAGUUGUUUGUGAAUGGGUGGCAGUUUGGGAAGUAUGUCAAUCACAUCGGCCCACAGCUUAGUUUUCCCGUCCCUGAGGGUAUCUUGGACUAUAAUGGGAGCAAUUAUCUUGCUGUGACUAUAUGGGCUAUGGAUGAGAGCUCUUUCAAGUUGGAUGGGUUGCGGUUGCAAGCUAAUGCGGUGGUGCAGAGUGGGUAUCGCAAGCCAAGUCUUGUGAAGGGAGAGGUGUAUAAGGAGCGGGUUGGCAGCUAUUGAUUUUGUGGGCUACGUUCGUAGUGAGGAGAGGGAACUAGCGACUGCCUUAACAUACGAACUAGUAAGAUGAAGAGUUCUACCGAGUUACUGGAAGUCAUCUAAAGCAGAUACUGAC